CCUCCCCAAAACCAGCCGGCAGCCACAUGCCGGCCAUCAUGCCCCUACCACGCCUACGCCCUGCCUGGCUCAGUCCAGACCCUCUGCACUGAACCAGCUUCCACCCUCCUCUGCAUCAAUCUCCAGCUCUGCGCGCCUGCUCUCUGCGCCCAAUCCCUGCCCUGCACCGAGCCCUUCCUUGCACGCUUCUGCUGCCUCUCCUCUGCGCCUCACCGCCGGUAAUGAUGCCCCCUACACGCCCGAGCCAUCAUCAGCACUCCACGCCCCUACCUGCCUUGCACCCGAGCCUUGCUCCUGCGCUUGACCGUGCCUUCUGCUCCCAGAUAUCUCCUCUGCGCCCAGAUUUCGUGCAAUCAUGCACUCCUGCACCCCCUGCACGCAUCACCCCGCCUCUUCCCUGAACCAAUCGCCAGCCGAUCCUGCACUCAUUACUCGCCUGCGCCCCUGUGGCAGCCCGAUCCUCUGUACCGCUGCAACCCAAUCUUGCAACCCAAUCUUGCAACCCGAUCUUGUACCUGCUCUGAUUGUCUGUUCUCCUUGUCUCGUUUUUCUGCAAGUGUGGGUAUAAAUAGAGGGUGUUCUUGGUUGAUAAGGGGUAGAGAUUGAUUUUGGCUGUUUGACUUUGGGGGGAUUUGAUUUUUUCUUUUUCUUGGUUGAUUCUGGGAUUCUUUGGGUCUGAGUUUGAGUAUUGUCGGAGGUGGCAACAAGAGAAAGGUGACUGCUGAACGUCCAGAAUUCACCGAAGGAGAUUGUGCAUUUUCCGGGUUUCUGUUGUCUUAGGUAAAUUGCUGGAACUGAGAGGAUUCGGGAGGGGUGGUGAAGGUGAUGAACAGAGCUUGAUCCCGUGGGUGGGAUCCCUCUGUUUGGAUCUUGAUCCGUUCCUUUCCUGAAUUCUCCGCUGUAGAUUUUAUACUUUCUUCCUUUGAUGUUUUGUGUUGUUUAGUGAUUGAAAUGCUGAAAUUUCUGUGUAUCUGUUGAGAAAUGAAUAGUAGAUUUACUA